CAUUUUUAAUACUUUUUUAUGUAGUUCUUCUAAAUUAUCAACCUACAAAUUCUUAUAAUAUUACCACAUAUAAUGAUAGUGAAGCUGGUCUUCGUGUAUUUAAUACAUUAUUUUAUGGAGAUG